GGCAGCCUGCUUUGACUCGGCGGACAGGCUAUUCCAUACUUUUGCACCUCUAUAAGAGAAACUUUUCAUCGGUAGCCUCAGGCCGGUCACCGUAUCCCGAAGGCUGUAUAAUGACCAGGACGAAUUUCAGGUGAAAAGGUCGCACAGGUAUUGCAUAGGCGGCAACCCCCUCACUUUUUUUGCAAAAAAGUGUUUUUAAGAGAAUAGAAGAAAAAAUAGCGCGAUAAAUCCCUUUACAGUAUUGCUUUAUUUCAAAGGAAUAAGCCGGGGUCUAUGGUGCCCGAUAAAGUAAUGAAUUCCAUUUUAAGACUGGAAUUAAUCAAACGUAAAAAACCAUGCCUUAAAAAUACAAAAUAUUUGCAAAAAGGACCGCGAGUAGCAGUCUGAAAUGUUUUUUACGCUAGUCUAGAGGGCGUGGUAGCAAAAAUUUUCUAUUCGCUUCGCUCGCAAGGAAGCCUCCUCUUUGGUUAUACCUAGUGCCUGCGACAACCACUCGUCGGCCUUCCAGUGUACCCCUAGCAUAACAAGUGCCCCAUAAAAUCAUAGGCAUAGAAUACCGUGAAGCAUUUCAGUGCGUUUUUCAAAAGUUGUUUUCUUAGUUUAAUAACGUUAUCAACUCGAGCCCCACUUUGAAUUUAUUGGCGCCGCCCCUGUAUUGUGGAGCCAGUUCAUUCAGGGGCUUAAAGACCAUUGUCUUAGAUUCAUCAUAAACAAGUUCCACAACGGUCUUCCACCCCAGCCCUUUAAUGAGAGGUUUGCUUGGGGCAUCAAAGCUGCUAUUCGUUAUUAUCAUAGCCAUACGGUUUUGAAUUUUUGUAACUGAUUAACUUGAGUUAAACCGGUGCAGCUCCAGACAGAACAGCUAACAGCAGUAUCGAAAGUGGGACUCCACAAUACCUGUUUAAAAAGCUUGCAAUGUUUCUUUAGGGAGAAAAGACAUGGCAAUGCCUUAAAAAGCCAACUGCCCUCGAUACCUUCAUAGAAACUGCCUUGAUUUGCUCUUUCCAAUCCAGGGAGCAGUCAAUUUGCAUACCAAGGUGUUUUGUUUUUUGACUGCCUCAGGCUCAUUAUCACGAAUUUUCAGAACCAAGUUUUUAUUUUGACUUUUGAGAAGGUUGUGGUUGGUAGAAAUCAGCAUGGAAUGAGUUUUCGCAAUAUUCAGGGAAAGCUUGUUGCCUUGUAGCCGCCAAGUGUCCAGUUUUUUAAGGUCAAUCAAUAUUAAUAGCCUCACUUAGCCGAGUCAAAUCGUGAGACUGGUACCACAAACUGGUAUCAUCAGCAUACAUGGAAACAGUGAAACCUCUCUGUUGAUUGUUUGGGGUGAUAUACAAAGAUAGAGUCCAUUCCCUAAGACAAAUGUUUCAGUUGCAGAAAGAGAAUAAUCCGAUAAAUUAAAAUAUAUUUUUUGGUAUCGCUCAACAAGCCACCGAAAGAUUUCCUUACUAGCAUACCAAUAUUCCUAUUGUUUUUUUCCGUGGUAUGUUUUAGUAUCCGCUGGUCAAUUUCAGACGAUUUGGGAUAUCUAAAAGAUGUUGGCCGAUGGCAGCAUCGCUUGUUUUAACGGCGCUUCUAGACCUACAAGAUCAAGAAAGCUGUCAAGGAUCUUGAAUUCUUGAAAAGAAAUCUUAAAAUCUAGAAAAGAAAUCCUGAAAUUUCAAAAACCUUUUGGCAGUUGCUGAAAGAUUUUGCAAAAUUCUGGCAUAUUCGAAGCCUAUUUGAAAAGAAUCCUUGACAAAAAUCAGUAUGAUAAUCAGUAUCAGUUUAUAAAUCAGCAUCUCUUAUCAUGAGAAAAGCGUUCACAUCAAGCACCUUUGCCUCUGCUCACCUGCCCAAAAAUAGCUAUCCUGUAAUAAUUUAGGCGCGAAAGGCGCAGCUCCUAUUUCCCCCUGCACAGGAGUCAAAUACAGUGAUUUGACUGGCUGAUAGCGCAAGCAAUGCAAUUCAAUGCUGAACGCUACUUUCCAUGCGCAGUAUCGACAACUUUUUUGGUCGACGGCAUUGGUCGACGGUGAUAGGCCAAGAUUCUUUUGUUUCCAGACAAAGGUUUUUAGAGUUCUUCUCCCCAACAAAUUGGAGACAUGCCGUUAUCGCAAGAGUACACGGACUUUUUCAACAGUUAUCAAAGUUAUAACGAUAUAAUUAAAGUGUGGCAUCGUGGAUUUGACAACCAAAACAAAGCUUGGAUUCGUGAUCAGUUGUUGCCAGUAUUGAUUCCGAAGCUGAAUCUUGAAGACAGGGAUUUGCAUGAGUUCAAAGUUCUUUCAGUGGGAUCUGGAAAUGGUUCGUUCGAUUUGCUUCUUAUAGAUGCUUUCCUGAAAGAAAUAAAGUCCCAGUAUCCAGGAACAACCAUGUCUUGGACAGUCGUCGAGCCCAAUUCUGUAUCAGUCCAGGAGUUUCAGAGAAAGGCACAGUCAACCGAAGACUAUUGUGGCCAUGUCAAGUUCGUCUGGGAAACAGCAAUGUUCCAAGAUUUUGUGGCAAGGCAACAGGGCAUCGAAGAGCCUCAAAAAUAUCACUUGAUAACAUUCAUAAACUCUCUCUACUACGUAGACGAAAGAUUGGCACUAAGGCAGUCAUACAACCUAUUGUUAGAAGAUCAAGGGGUAGUUCUUACUGUUAAAGAGGAAGAAAACUCAACUACACAAGAGGCUUUCAGGAUGUACGUGCAGCUUAUGGGACAAACGUCACGAGGGCUCACCCCUACAAAUGAAAUUCUCACCGAGUUACAGAAGGAGCUUGGUAUAGCCUAUGAUCGUUUUACUGCACCUUUAAAUGUGGAGAUAACAGAAAUUUUUCAAGACGACAAUCCGGUGGGUGGGGCACUGAUCAAAUUUCUUCUGCACAGCAAUGAGGACCGCAGGAAAUCGAAGGAGGGGGUUAAAUUGCUCGAGUUUCUGAAAUCUGAGUGUAGGUCGACAUGUGAUGCAAAUGGGGAACAUUUAUGCAUUGUCAACAAGCAGGAAGUUACUUUAAUAAUGAAGGCUUUGUAAAACACCCUUGCUAGUGGCUUCAUAUUGAUGCUAUCUAUGAUCUUUUUUGGUUUAUCUUGUUCAUGUCAUAGCAGGGGGGAGGGUUGUCAUCUUAAACGUUGGGAUGGGGAUGGGUUGGGUGGGAUAACCGCCCCUCUUGCCUUCUGAUAAGAGGGGCAAUUGGGACCAAAGUGCCCUCUACAUAAAAAGAGCCCUUGACACCGGUCUUUUGAAUUCGACACCUCACUUGCAGUUUACAAACUAAUUAGUCUCAAAAUCAAACAAUCCCUACACUGGGGACCUUAUCAAAGUAAACGGUUUAAGGGGUCACCAUCCACAUUUAUAAAUGUGUGGAUGUGAAUUACAAUUGCCGCUCUAGAAAGUUUUCUAUUUUGAAUCACUCUUCCGCAAAAGCUACGGAGAGUCACCUUACUAGAAAUAGCCUGCUAUAAGCCAAAAAGCCAUAUCAAAUUUCUCCAGCUAAACACAAUAGAAGAAGCAUCUGGAAUUUGGUUCUUUAAAAAAUCGGCACUGGAAAAGCUUCAAAUGUGAUAACAUAUAUAUAUUUGAAUAUGAAGUUGUUUCGGAACUAGCAUUAAAAUUACGAAAUGUGCUGGUUGUGACUCGGAUGAGACUGGAAUUAAAAACAGUAAAAAGGGAGAGGGGUCAAAGCAAUGGAAACCAAAGCUUAAAGCCUGUAACAUAUUAAAUACAUUUGAAAUGCCACAAUAAAUCAUCAGAAGAAAAGAUACAAGACUGGAUUACCAAUAAAGCUGAAAUAUCCAGAAAAUGUGCAAAGACGAAACUUUCCAUGAAAAUAAAGAUUUUGAAAAUAUAAAGAACGCUCCGAGAAUGAGUUUAGCUGCAAAAGAAAGCAACAUCGUCGAAACUAAAAAAGACAAGCCUUUAAACAUUAAAAGAUAGGAGAAGUUUGUUGAAGAAUUGUAUGAUGAAGAUAGGCAAAAUUUUACACAAUAGGAAUAUCAACAAGAUGAUUUUGUAGAAAUUUCUGACAAAUUUAUUUAAAAUUUGACAAUAAAAUUAAACAGGAAAACUAUUAAAACGGGGAAGUUUUACUUGUGAACAUUUUUAUCCCUGUAAGAAAAAAGUGAAAAAGCAAACAAAAAGACAAAGCAAUGAAAUGUGGAGAUCAAUGAGCAAUCAGCUCUACCGUAUGUCACAAUUAGUUCAGUCUUUUGAGGACCAUGUGGGAACUCAGAACCUAAAAAAACUAAAAAACCCAUUGGUGGUUUGUUGAUUGUGUCGAAAAAUUAAAAUUGAAACAGGAAAACUCGGACCAUCAAACUUCAUGCCCGUAGACAGGGGGGCAGGAGAGCCUUGCCCCCUAAUUAUCUUCGAAAAUUGUAUUUGAAGAUUUUAUAAGCGCAGCUUGAUUUGACAGUAUUUCGUAAGGCAUGUAUAGAAAAAGCUAAAUUUCUAUCCAUGCCAACCCCCCCCCCCCCCCCCAAUCCAGUUUAGCUGUCUACGGGCCUGUAAAUCUUCAACUGUCCAAAAUCUGGUUUCAAGCUUUAAAUUAUUUUAAAAUAGAAAAAAGUAAAGAAAACCCAAGUCUUUAUAGAAAGUCUUAAACCCCUUGUCCGAGAGUUUUUGGUCUGAGAUUCUCGAAAAUGCGAUGGAAAUGGAAAGCUUUUUGUCCGAAGUUUUUUUUGCCGUCAGAGAAACUUUCAAUUUGAACGUACCCAAAGGCCUUUAACUAUGUACAACACUAUAAACUGUUCAAGAUGAACACAAGGCACGAUUAAAUUAUAUAAACGAUCUCACAGAGCUGUUUUAAUUUCACUGAGCGGCCAGUGCAAGCCCGUCCAUCGGGCUGUGACCAAUGAUAUAGAAGCGCCGAAGGCGCUAGAUGUCUAACUGGGCAUAAUUGCCCAUUGAACUGGUGAGGCAAAAUCACUCAAGCGAUAAAAGGGCAAAAAGACGAUUCCGCAUAAGGGCUCAGUACGGGACAUUGCAAGUUUGACGAAGAAAAACCAAGAUUAUCGAAAAUUAGCAUAAUUUUGAAAGAGAUUCAGCGACUAAUGGGCUGCUUUGCUUUCAUGAGGAUUGGAUUGGAGAAUUCUCCAUACUCGGAUUUGCUGGAUCCGGUAAAUUGGCUAGAAAUCAACGACAUUCUUGCCCGAGAUGCAUGCACACUUCUUGG